AUGGACUCGUACUGCCCAAGGAUCGUCGAUUUGCUGCGGAGAGUUCCGGCAAAGAAACUUUGGAAUGGCGUGCAGUCUCCAUCUUACAACUUUCUUUUUCGAGAUAAGCCGAGAAGCCUCAUAGAGGUCCAGGAGACCAGCCAGUGUCUGAUUGGAGUUUGUUGCCUCUAUGAUAAAUCCCAGACUGAAAUCCCAGCUGGACUACUGGAUGGAGCAGAAGAAGAUAGCAGCAAUCAAGAUCACAGGCUUGAUGAAUCGUUGCCGGUCAACACAACAGGGAUAUUUGCAUCUCCUACAAUAGCAGAACUGGCUAGAAACAUCUCUCCUCAUUCAUAUCCCUUGUCCAAGUUGGAUGGAUAUUUUGGCACGGAGAAAUCGCUGAAGGGAAACAAGAAGUCGAAGACCAAGAAAAGAAAAGCAAAAGUCGUUUUUGGAAGUCAGUACCGGGAGGAACCAGCACCACGACCAAAGAGUCCCGCAGUGAAUCAGGAAUCAAACACCCAUCCCCACAGAUCCAGAUGCUGGAGUGAGAUGGGUGGCGUUUACCUUGGGAUGUCUGUACCUGAAGGAUAUUUUGAGAAAUUAAGCUUCAGGAUCUUAGCGUUGAAUAUCUCCAACUCUGCUCAACUGUUCAGAGCAAGGUGCUCGAAAAACAUCGAGGAUCUAGUCAACAUCAGUUUUUCUACUGUGAAGAACUACGUUGCACCGCAGAUCUGUUGGAGCUGCGACGUUACAAUCAGGUUCGACAAAGAGCUCUUCGGCCACGUGGAGAUAUUCGUCAGCAAUCGGGCAAGAAAUGGCGUGCAGGGUCUUGAAGAAUCCUCUCCUUCAAGGAGCGGGAGCUGGUUUCGAAAUCUGCCUUCUACAAGUCAGUCGCAACUUCCCAGCUCCGUCCGUUCCACCACCAGCUCGUUGAUGGACGAGCUUGCGUCGAAGUCCAGCGAGAGCAUCUUCAUCCCUGUUGGGAUCGUGCGAAGGAAGGGAGGAUUUGAUAUGAAGAAUGCGCAUCUCAAUUACUAUCCGAGCCCGAUAUCAAGCUCUUCGUUGUCUCUUCGAUCACCUCCUGCGAUCUCAGAUCUCUUCACUGCACCAGUGUACAGCAAGCAGUUCGAGGCGGUCGAAACUGUUUCUUCGUCUUCUUCCCAUACCUUCAAGUACUUGCCUAUGCAUAUCUCACCAUCAAGACCGAGCUCAGUCGCUGAGAUGUUUCUGGUGAGACGGGGAUCUCAGAUUUUGCUUGUGGCUUCUUCCCACUAA